AUACAACGCUGCACCAUCGUCUCACGUUGGGGGUCAAACGGGAAUUAUGUGCACCUAAUUGAUCUAGAUAAAAUGUCCAGUUUUACGAAGUCUGCUCAGCAAUGGGCUACCUUUGCCAGGUCAUGGUACCUGAUAGACGCACGGAUGCAGCCUCCAGGGAAGAUCGCCACUAUGUGUGCAAUCAGGUUACAGGGAAAACACAAGCCAAUCUACCACGCAAUAAGCGACGUUGGAGACCAUGUGGUGGUUAUAAACACCAGGCACAUAGCCUUCUCUGGAAACAAAUGGGAACAGAAGGUCUACUCCUCUCACAAUCAGUAUCCGGGUGGAUUUAAACAGGUCACAGCUGCCCAGCUACAUUUGAAAGACCCCAAGGCAAUUAUGAAGCUGGCCGUUUACGGGAUGCUGCCUAGAAACCUGCACAGAAGGACCAUGAUGCAGCGACUGCACCUGUUUCCUGAAGAUGAUCUUCCAGAAGACAUCCUGCAGAACCUGACCGAGGAGCUGCCACAGCCCAGAGAGGUUCCUCGCAGACUGGACCAGUACACCCCAGAGGAACAAGAAGCUUUCCCCCGGCUGUGGACCCCGCCUGGAGACUACCGGGUGAAGUGAUUGCUGCUUUCUGGCUUCUAAUGGUGCCGUUACCUUUACUUCAGUUUACAUCUGUCUUUUACAUAAUCUGUGUGACCUUUACUUGACACACCACCAACCUUUCUGUUGUCCCAAUAAUGUACUAAAAUAAAAAGAAACAUUCUGGUC